AUGAACAUACUAUACUGCUUUGAAGCAUGUCAACGAGGAAGAGUUAUAUCAAUUGUCCCAAGAUUAGCCCGUAGAAGUUUACAAACUGCGGAAUAUCCCUCUACUCUCUUCAAAGAAACUUCAAAAUUUGUUAAAAUCAAGCCCGUAAGGGACUUGAAGCUGAGUAAUGCCCCAGAUUACAUAUCUUCUCCAAAUUCUAAACUACACGCUUUGUUAUGGCCAGGUUCUCUACAGAAUGUUUUAGUCACCAAGAAACCUUGGUCCUGCGCUACGAAAGAUGCGAUGAUAACCUUUAUCAACCAUCUACAUACGACAUACCCAGAGAUAAAUGUAAUUUUGCAGCCAGAUGUGGCUGAGGAAGUUUAUCAGGAUUUUUUGACAACAGCAAAUAAUGACCCAAACAGGCCUCAUAUGUUAUACUCAGGAACCACAGAUGAAAUUACGAGUAAGGCCGAUCUAUUGGUUACUUUAGGUGGAGAUGGCACAAUAUUGCAUGGUGUCUCUAUGUUCAAGUCUCAAGUGCCCCCUGUAUUAGCAUUUUCUUUAGGAACGCUAGGAUUUCUUUUACCUUUUGAUUUUAAAGAGCAUAAAGAGAUCUUCAAUAAAGUUUUAAAUUCAAGGGCAAAAUGUUUACACAGAACAAGAUUAGAAUGUCAUGUAAUUAAAAAAAAUGAUGGCGAAUCUUCAGUUAUCCAUGCAAUGAAUGAUAUCUUUCUACAUAGAGGAAGUUCGCCUCAUUUGACAAAUCUGGAUAUUUUUGUUGAUGGUGAAUUCCUGACAAGGACAAUUGCAGACGGUGUUGUUUUCUCCAGCCCAACUGGUUCUACAGCAUACUCACUUUCAGCAGGUGGAUCUAUAGUGUCCCCAUUGAUUCCAUCCAUCCUUUUGACCCCUAUUUGUCCUCGUUCUCUUUCAUUUAGACCAUUGAUAUUACCUCACUCGUCGCAUAUUAAAAUUAGAGUUUGUUCGAAAAUGAAUGAGAAGACCGGUAAUAAUUCUGUAAAUAUAUCUGUGGAUGGAGUAGCCCAGAACGACCUAGAAGUAGGUGACGAAAUCCAUAUCGUUAAUGAAGUGGGUACAAUUUAUAUUGAUGGUACACAAGUUCCUCCCAGUAAAAAGUUAGCAGAUGAAACUCUGCCGAACAGUACGAGUAAGCAAAGAGCAGGAAUAUAUUGCAUAGCCAAGUCAGAAAAUGACUGGAUAAAGGGAAUCAAUGAUUUAUUAGGAUUCAAUUCAGGCUUUCGUUUUACACGUAGAAAACAAGAUAACUAA